CUUGUUUCUUGUUGUCAAUAAACUUGCGCAUACGUGUAUGUCAGCGCUCCGGUGAUCACGUGGUGAAAAUUGAUUUACAGUGUGUCAGUGCUGUUAGUCGGUGUUAAGUGAAUAGUAGUCGUGUUUGGACUAGUGGAAGACAUUGUGUAUCCCAGUUUAGCGGAUCAGACGUUCAAUUUCGGACAACCGUUUUAUUUAAUCGUCAAAUUUUGCAGCCCAUUACAGUCUCUGUACUUAACAUAAAUAUUUCAGAAGCGGAUACUUUUCAACGAAGUCUCGUACAUAGUCGUUUAAGAACACCUUUAUUGUUGUGGCCAAAGGAUUUACAUAAAAAUGAUACCCUUAACAGGUGCGAUUCUCUGCCUAAUAGUCUUGCAAGCAGCAGGACAACGAGUGGCUCCAGGUGUGCCUCCCCAGCAGUAUAUGCAACACCAGCAAGUUCCACACCACCAACCUGGAAUGCAACAGCAGGUUCCUGUGCAACAGGCGGUGCCAGGCCAAGUCCAUGUGCCUGUCCAGCAAGGUGUGCCCAUGCAGCAGGGUGUGCCCAUGCAGCAGGGUAUGCCUGUGCAACAGGGUGUGCCUGUACAGCAAGGUGUGCCUGUACAGCAAGGUGUGCCUGUACAGCAGGGUGUGCCUGUGCAACAGGGUGUGCCAGUCCAACAGGGUGUGCCUGUCCAGCAGGGUGUACCAGUCCAACAGGGUGUGCCUGUGCAACAGGGGGUACCGGUCCAGCAAGGGGUACCAGUCCAACAGGGAGUGCCUGUGCAGCAUCAGCAGAUUCUGAAUGCUGCUAACAUUGCUCAUGAGAAAGACCACAUACAGGAACACAUGGAAGUUCCAAUAGAUACAAGCAAAAUGACUGAACAGGAACUUCAGUUUCACUAUUUCAAAAUGCAUGAUGCAGACAAUAAUGACAAACUAGAUGGUUGUGAGCUCAUAAAGUCACUUAUUCAUUGGCAUGACACAGGAAAAGUAAGCUGUGUGACUGGGGCUUUCUACUGUGGGAUUGCCCAACCACAAGUCCCGCUGGACUCGGCCUACUUAAAAUCUGGAGACCGUCCAGGAGGCACAGUGCAGACUGAUGAAGAACUAGCAAGCAUUGUGGAUCCUGUAUUAGCAGAAGCUGAUACAAAUGGGGAUGGUUAUAUUGAUUAUGCGGAAUUCAAGAAACAUGACAAGAAAUAAGUGACAAUUUCAUUCAGAUCAAAAUAGUAACAAUUGUCAUUUAUAUUAUGGUUGUGAAAUUAGUUUAACAAUGUAACUGAAAAUGUUUGCACCUGGUUACCAAUUCCAUUUGGCCAUAUAAAUUACUGAUACUGGUUUGUGUUUUGUGGUUGUUUUAAAUGUAAAUCAUGGGCUCAUCAAUUUUAACAUCGUGGAGGAAUUUUCAGAGAAUUAUUUUCAUUUGUUAAUAUUGCCAAUUUUUGGCUUUUCUGCAUUUUGUCAUUCUUUUAAAAAGUGUGAUAAAUUAUCUGCAUUGUUAAUUUUCUGAUUUAAUAUGUAAUGAAAACUUCAUUACUUUUUGGUUUUAUACUUUUGUUGAUUUUGUUCAUGUGUUGUUUUGAAGUAGUGCAAUACAUCCUAUGUUUGUCUUUUUGAGAAUGAGUGUGAUUUUAUCACCUUGGUGUUUUGAAAACUGUGGUAGAUCGAGUGUAUGUGUAGAAUAACUGUUGAAGAAGAGAGGAAAUUUGGAAAUAAAAUUUUUCUAUUCA